CUACCCCCCCCCACUCUCUCUCCCUCUCUCUCUCUCUCUCUCUCUCUCUGAUUUAGAUCUUCGUCUAAUCUCGUACCUGUCUCUCGCCAUCAGCUGAGAAGUCCUCUUGUCCGAUCGUCGCCAUGGCUUGCGAGAAUCCUUUCAAGAGCAUUCUGAAGGCGCUCGAGAGACCGGGAGGUGGCGAAUUCGGCAAAUACUUCUCUCUUCCAGCCCUCGGCGAUUCCCGGAUUGAUAGGUUGCCGUACUCCAUUAGAAUUCUUCUGGAGUCGGCCAUUCGGAACUGCGACGAGUUCCAGGUCAAAAGCAAGGAUGUCGAGAAGAUCAUCGACUGGGAAAAUACUUCUCCUAGACAAGUUGAGAUCCCAUUUAAGCCAGCUAGAGUGCUGCUGCAGGAUUUUACUGGGGUGCCUGCUGUUGUUGAUCUUGCUUGCAUGCGUGAUGCGAUGAAUAGCCUUGGGGGAGAUCCAAAUAAAAUCAACCCACUGGUUCCAGUGGAUCUUGUUAUCGACCACUCAGUUCAGGUUGAUGUGGCAAGGUCAGAAAAUGCUGUCCAGGCAAAUAUGGAACUUGAGUUUCAUCGGAACAGGGAAAGAUUUGGCUUUCUCAAGUGGGGUUCAACUGCAUUUCAUAACAUGCUCGUUGUUCCUCCUGGGUCAGGGAUUGUCCACCAGGUUAAUCUAGAAUAUCUUGGCAGAGUGGUCUUCAACACAAACGGCAUGCUCUACCCUGAUAGUGUUGUAGGUACUGAUUCACAUACAACUAUGAUAGAUGGAUUGGGAGUUGCUGGUUGGGGAGUUGGAGGAAUAGAAGCAGAAGCUGCAAUGCUUGGCCAGCCGAUGAGCAUGGUCCUUCCUGGUGUUGUUGGGUUUAAAUUAACUGGGAAGCUGAGAGAUGGGGUAACAGCAACUGAUCUGGUCUUGACGGUAACACAAAUGCUGAGGAAGCAUGGUGUUGUGGGCAAAUUCGUGGAGUUUUAUGGGGAAGGAAUGAGCGAACUGUCAUUGGCUGAUCGUGCCACCAUCGCUAACAUGUCACCCGAAUACGGUGCCACUAUGGGCUUUUUCCCUGUUGAUCAUGUCACUCUGCAGUAUCUGAGAUUGACAGGCAGAAGCGCUGAAACUGUUUUCAUGAUAGAGUCUUACUUGCGGGCGAAUAAGAUGUUUGUGGAUUACAAUGAGCCCCAAGUAGAGAGAACAUACUCCUCGUAUCUGGAACUGGAUCUUAAGGAUGUGGAACCAUGUAUUUCGGGUCCCAAAAGGCCACACGAUCGAGUUCCACUGAAAGAAAUGAAAGCUGAUUGGCAUGCAUGCUUGGAUAAUAAGGUUGGAUUUAAGGGCUUUGCUGUACCUAAGGAAUCACAGGGAAAGGUUGCAGAGUUCACAUUUCAUGGGACUCCAGCUCAGCUUCGGCAUGGGGAUGUUGUUAUAGCUGCUAUCACUAGCUGCACAAAUACUUCAAAUCCCAGUGUAAUGCUUGGUGCUGCUUUGGUAGCAAAGAAGGCUUGUGACUUAGGAUUGGAGGUAAAGCCAUGGAUUAAGACGAGUCUUGCUCCAGGCUCUGGGGUUGUGACAAAAUAUUUGCAGAAAAGUGGCUUGCAGACAUAUUUGAACCAGUUGGGAUUCCAUAUUGUUGGCUAUGGAUGCACUACAUGCAUUGGGAACUCGGGUGAUAUUAAUGAAUCAGUUGCAUCAGCUAUUACCGAAAAUGAUCUUGUAGCUGCAGCUGUAUUGUCUGGAAACAGAAAUUUUGAAGGUCGUGUUCACCCCCUAACAAGGGCUAACUAUCUAGCUUCUCCUCCUCUCGUGGUUGCCUAUGCUCUCGCUGGCACAGUAGAUAUUGAUUUCGAAACCGAACCCAUUGGGGAAGGAAAAGAUGGAAGAAAAGUAUUCUUGAGAGACAUUUGGCCAUCAAAUGAAGAAGUGGCAACUGUUGUCCAAUCAAACGUGCUUCCAGGUAUGUUCAUGGCUACAUAUGAAGCUAUCACUAAAGGAAAUCCUAUGUGGAAUCAGUUAUCUACACCUUCUAGCACUCUCUAUGCUUGGGACCCAACAUCAACAUACAUUCAUGACCCACCAUAUUUCAAGAGCAUGACGAUGUCUCCUCCUGGCCCACAUGGCGUGAAGGAUGCAUACUGCUUACUGAACUUUGGGGACAGCAUUACGACUGACCAUAUUUCUCCAGCUGGUAGCAUUCACAAGGAUAGCCCUGCUGCAAGAUAUCUAAUGGAACGUGGGGUUGAUAGAAGAGACUUCAACUCUUAUGGAAGUCGCCGAGGGAAUGACGAGAUUAUGGCGAGAGGAACUUUUGCCAACAUUCGCCUUGUCAACAAGUUGCUGAAAGGAGAAGUUGGACCUAAAACAAUCCACAUCCCCAGUGGGGAGAAACUAUCUGUUUAUGAUGCUGCCAUGAGGUACAAGAGUGAGGGGCAUGCCACCAUAAUUUUGGCUGGUGCUGAGUAUGGAAGUGGAAGUUCUCGCGAUUGGGCUGCCAAGGGUCCGAUGCUGUUGGGCGUGAAAGCUGUCAUAGCAAAGAGCUUUGAGCGGAUUCACAGAAGUAAUCUAGUUGGAAUGGGUAUUGUUCCUCUAUGUUUCAAGCCUGGGGAGGAUGCAGAAACGCUCGGACUGACCGGCCAUGAGCGCUACACCAUUAAUCUUCCGAAUAGCGUGAGCGAAAUAAGGCCUGGCCAGGACAUCACGGUGGUGACUGACAAUGGCAAGUCACUUGUGUGCACACUACGGUUUGACACCGAGGUUGAGCUGGCUUAUUUCGAUCAUGGGGGCAUCCUGCAGUACGUCAUCAGGAACUUGAUCGGAGCUAGACAUUGAGGGACCAGCCAACUUCCACCAGCCGAGUCUUCUCAGGGUUCCCAGCAUUUUCCAUCCCAUCCCGGUCAUCAUGGCUCGAGUAAUAUCUAGUGCGGAGACUUCUGCUCCGCCUGUAAUAGGAAUAAAUCGAGGGAAUGAAUGGGACGAUUUCUGCCUUCUUGGAUGUGGGUGGUAGAUAAAUUAACAUUACGAGGUCAAUGUUGGUGUUCAUGAUAUGUCGACAAAUUGUUGGCCACCUCUCAUUUUAUUCCAAAAUCUUUCAGUUUGGUUUUCAUCGGACAAAUUAUUUGGAUUUUAGAAACCAACAGGUUUUUC